UUGUUUGCAAUCUUUUCCGUAAUUCGCUUCGCAUUAUUUAAGUUGAAAUAAUAGAACAUCAAUUCUUUAAAAGCAUUUCUAAAACAAUUUUUACGUAAAAUAUAAUUGUUUGUUCACUGUACAAACUACAGUUUGAAAAAUUUAACAUAUAACUCUUCCGAUAUUUCAUCGUUCGCAGUUAAGAAUGGAUGACGAAUUGGAUGUAGAGGCUUUACUGGAUGCUUCUUUUGCUAAACAGGCUGAAAAGAAAAGGUCUCCUUCACCAGAUCAUGAUAAAAAAAAAAAAAGUAAAAAGAAGAAGCGCAGCAAAAGCCGUGAAAGGGAACGCUCUCACAAGGAAUCAAAGGAAUCUAAUCAUGUGAAAAAUGACAAGAAGAGUAGCAAGACAGAUCGUAGUCGGAGUCCAGAUCGACAUGAUUCAACUCAAGUAAGAGAUAGGAAGAAUAGUAGUGAUCAUUCUUCAAGAAAUAGAAGACCUAGGAGUCGAAGUCUGGAUAGAAGACGGAAUUAUACUCCCAGGAAUUCCUAUCGAGGUCCAUUCAAUGGAAAUAGGGGAUAUCGUAAUAGGCGGUUUGGUCGUGACCACCGAAGCAGGUCCAGAAGUCGGGAAAAGAAAAAUUCCAGCAGUAGACCAAAAAAUCGAUCACCAUCUCCGAAAAAGGACUCAAAAGGGAAUGACUCUUCAGAUGAAUUUGCAAAGCCUGCACGCUUGCACAAAAAUCCUGACUUGACUCCUGAAGAAAGAGAUAUGAGAACUGUGUUUUGUAUGCAGUUAUCUCAGAGAGUUAGGCCUCGUGACCUUGAAGAAUUUUUUUCGCCUGUUGGGAAGGUACAGGAUGUAAGAAUUAUUAUGGACAAUAAGACAAGGCGUUCAAAAGGAAUAGCUUAUGUUGAAUUUCAAGACACGUAUUCUGUUUCCUUAGCAAUGGGAUAUACAUCAAAAAAACUUUUAGGUGUUCCAAUUAUAGUACAACUUACUCAAGCAGAGAAAAAUAGAGCUGCUGCCAGUGCCAUGAGUGCCCAAAGGGGUAAUGUUGGCCCAAUGAGACUUUAUGUUGGAUCACUUCAUUUUAACAUCACAGAAGAAAUGCUAAAAGGAAUUUUUGAGCCUUUUGGAAAAAUUGACAAAAUUGAGCUUUUGAAAGAUGCUGAAACUGGCAAAUCCAAAGGUUAUGGUUUUGUAACCUUUCAUGAUUCAGAAAGUGCUAAAAAAGCUUUAGAUCAACUAAAUGGCUUUGAACUUGCUGGUAGACCUAUGAAAGUUGGGACAGUCACUGACCGUACUGAUCUUGUUCAAGGUCCAUCCUUUUUAGACACUGAAGAAAUGGACAGGGCUGGAAUAGAUCUUGGUGCUACUGGCCGGUUACAGCUAAUGGCAAAGUUAGCUGAAGGAACUGGUUUUGAAUUGCCUCAGGCUGCAGUUAAAGCUCUUCAACUCACUUCUCAAUCAAAUACUUCAUCCACUACUCCGAGUCAACCAGCUUCUGUCGCUACUCAGUGUUUUGUGUUAUCGAACAUGUUUGAUCCAGCCAAGGAAGUUGGACCUAAUUGGGAUGAAGAGAUAAGAAAUGAUGUUAUUGAUGAAUGCAGAAAUCAUGGUGGAGCUCUUCACGUUUAUGUAGAUAAAAACUCACCUGAAGGAAAUGUGUACGUUAAAUGUCCCAACCUUACUGUUGCUGCAGCAACGGUUACUGCUCUGCAUGGAAGAUAUUUUGCAGGAAGAGUGAUAGUAGCAGCAUAUGUGCCUGUUAUCAACUAUCACAUGCUGUUUCCAGAUUCUGCAAAUCUUGUGACUGUAUUGUAAAAUACAUAAUUUACUAAUUUUUAUUAAGUGAAUGGAAUUUGUCAUCCAUACACUAUUGUAAAUGUUAGAAAAUUGUAUAAAUGUGGCAUUAAGUGAUCUAUCAAACAUUUUUUCGUCAUUAAAAUUUUUCUGUAGCA